AUGUUGAAACAGACACAGGCAAGCAUAAACAUCAGGGCAAAGUUAAAGACGUGGAAUGAGCACCUGUCAGGUCUGAAGAUCGACGCAGAACUCAAGAAGAUCCUGCAAAAAGAUCUGCAAGUCUCUAAGAAUCAUUCGGAGUUGAUUGUCGUGAAUAGCAAGCUGACAGUCAUUCUACUCUUCAACCCAACACUCACCUGCUUCAAACAGAUCUGCAAGGACUUUUUUGCCAUCAAGAGUUGCUACAGACAAAUCAUAUAUUCAGGACCUGUUCUGGCAUCAUGUGGCAGCUGGAUCCUGCAGGAUUCUGUUCUCUCCAUCAGCAACUUUGCUAAGAUACUCAAAGAAAUUGAGAUGCCUGAUUUUGAACCAUUUUACGUUAAUGCGUUUCCAAUUGGGAAGUGGACGCAAGAGAAUAUGGAGAAGUUGUCGAGUUUGUCUAUCAAGUUGAAUCCAUCUGAAGUGGUUGAAUCAGUUGGUACAGAGGUUGAUAGAGUUGUUUCUUAUGAGGAUUUGUUGAAAGUUGUGGAGAGAUUCAUCGACCUAGAUGAUGAGGAUAAUAUGAAAGUAAUUUCUGCUGCUCCGUCCUCCAACAAAUUUCUUGAUAGUCGUUUUGAUCUCUGCGUGAAAAGCAUCGACAAUAACAGCAUCAUCAGCAUUGGAGACUUUAAAAUGUUAAUCAAGGGUGACAGUUUGUGCCACAUCUCGAUGGACCAACUCACUAACUUGGAUGUUUUGAUGUUGGCUAGAUCUGAUCUAAGAUCUUUUGAAUGGCUUGCCUCAUCCAUUGACAAAAAUUCUGAUAAACAUUUUAAGUUUUCCAUGCUUUAUUCUAAUAUUUUAAAUUAUUUAAGUGGAAAAACCAAUGAAUUGGUACCAGUUGCUGAUGAUGAUAAUCGACUGAAAGUGGAUCCAAACAUUUUCAUCAGGGCAUUGUUACGCUCACUUGCUGAAUCCAACAUACCUGUAUCAUCUUGUUACUCAUCAAGUACUCAACAACAACAAUCUAUUACCCUGUACCACAAAACUGGUUUUGGAACAUUGCAACUGUUCCCGAUUUCUCCAUCCCUUGAAUCUAAAGAAGUGAAAGACUUCCAGAAGAAUCCAACAACUGCUGAUCAGUUUCCAGGGUCAUCUUGCAUUUUGGUAUGGCAGCCUUUUGAUAAGAAAGUAAAGCCAAUUAGAUUCCUUUUCAGCAAUUUAAUUCCUCAAGCAUCUAUUUUUGAAGGUCUUUCAAAGUUGAAAAACUCGAUUGCUUUCAGUAACUGGGAUGGUUUAAGUCAGUCACAAGAAAUUAUUGCAAAGGCCAAACCAUCCAAAUUGCAGGAUAAACAAAGUAAUGGCUCAUUGUCAGGUGUUAAAGAGACUGCUAAGCCACCAGUUAAAGUCAGAUCAAAUGCUGAAACAUCAAGUUUAUCAAGUCUUCCAGCUGCAAAUGGCACAAAAACAAUCACAAAACCUAAAGUUGGCACGUUCAAAAGUGAUGGUAUUGAUAAGAAUCAAACACUUCCAAUAGCUCCCCAGAAGAAAGAAUUUAAAGAUAAGAAUAAGGCUAACAUGUCCGUUUUGGGCACACCCAUGCCAUCAAAGAUUGAUCCAACAUCUAAGGGGAUAAACAUUAAAUCUGCUGUUAAGCAGAAUGAUAAGGUUACAGCAGAAACCAGCACAAAAUCAUCAACUCAGCCAAAAGUUCCUUCAAAAGCAGCAACAGCCAAAGCAACUCACACAAUAACUACAACAACAACUACCAACACUACAGGCACCGCAACUGCUUCUUCUAAAAUAUCUCCUACUGCCAGUGCUGCCAAACCCAUCCCAACAAAACAGGUUCCAUCUAAACCCGCCAAGGAAGCAGGCACUGCACAGAAACAUGUUGCAUCAGAUGCUCACACGUCUAACAAAUUUACAUCUAAGCCACCACUCACAAAACCUGUGGAAACAACAAAAUCAACAAAAAUCACUGCAAGCGUUCCAGCUGCCAAGAAGGAAUUGGACAAACCAAAAGUAGAAGCAAGUCCCAAAAUGGACAAGAAAAAACCAGCUCCAAAAACAUCUACUGCUAAAAAAGAUGCACCUGGAAAAUCAGCUGGUAAAGUUAUGGAAGAAAAGAAAGUGAAAUCAGUUGAAAGUGCACAAGUUACUAAACCUCUGAACGAAGUUGCAGAACUGAAUUCAAAUAAUCUUGCCACACAGGAAGUUUACAAUGAAGAACUGAUCACUCCAAUGUCCAACAAAAGUAUCGUAGAGUCAACUGAAAUUGAUGAUGUCUGUUCAAAAAAGAAGGAACAAGUUGUUGAGAGUAGAGUUCUGUCUGUGGAGAAUGUUAAUGAACCUCGACUUGAAGAGAAGAUGCCGUCACCUGAAAAUGAAGCUCGGUUUAUUUCUGACAAGAUAGAAAAAGAAGAGAAAAAUGAUGAAUUAAUAAACAUAGAACAACCAGUGUGCGUAAUUCCUGAAGAUAGUAAACUGCAUGUCAAUGUUGAGGCAAAUUUUGUUGAUGAGUGUACCCUAGGUGAGGAAGUUCAGGUGCAGACAUCACCUGUAUAUGAUAAACUAGAGGAUUUAGAAGAUGCUGGUGAAGCAUUGAUUGAUACAGCAGAUGUUGAUGACGUUGUGGUCAGUGUUGGUGAUGUUGGACAUUGCAUCCAUGCUGACCACAAUGCUGAGUUGUUUGAAAAUGAAGGAUUAUUAGUGAACGACGAUAACCAAGAAGAGCUUAUUAGUGUAGGUAGAUUGAAUGAGGAAGAAGUUAUAAAAAAAGUACAAGACAUGAAUGUUGAAUCACUACCUCCAGUUGAAAACAAUGACGACUUGCCGGAAGAGCAUGUUCAACGUGAUUCUCAGAUAGACGACGGAAGGUUUCCCUCUGAAGAUUUUGAUGAGGAAUCAGAUGAUGUGAACUUAUUGCCAGAACAUCAGAUGACCGACAGUCAACCAUCUGAUCAUCCUCAACCAGAUUAUGACUUUAAAAAUGAGAACAUUGCUGAGGAGAAUGAAUUGGUUGAACAGCAGCAGAAGCAGCAACAACAACCAUUGGAGCAGCUUGAUGAUGGCAUGAUUAAAAGUGGACUCUCAUUGACAGGAUCAGAAUCAGCUCCUAAUGAAAAUCUCUACAGUGAUAACGUUGAAGAAGAACAGAUGGGUGCCAUUCGACCAGAUAAACAGGUGGAACCAUUUGAGAAGGGUUUGUGCGAGGGUGAGGUCAUCUUUAAGCGGCAGCCAGGUGAAAAGUUCUUUGAUGAUUUGGAAGGUGUUCCGUUUUCUGGAAAUGUUGAAAAAGACGAUGAUGUCUUGAUGGAAGAUAAUGAUAAAGAUAGUCUAGAGCGAUCCUGCGAUAUCAUCGAUAAAGUGGAGAAACCAGUACUGAAUACGGCUAACUUUUUUACCGAUCCGUUUGAACAGCAGGAUACUACACACAUGCAUGAUAACCACGUAGAGAAACAAGAGACUGAAUCGUUAAAACAACAGUUGGAAAUGGAAUCAGAACCACUUGUUGCAGAUGUUUCUACACAUGAAACUGAUGCUAACCAGUUUGAUGAACACCAACAUGAAAACACGGAAGUUUAUGACAUGGAUCAUCAGCAUCAGCAACAUCAUAAACAACAACCCCAUCAGCAGUUAGAACAAUGCCAGCAACAACAUCAACAAGAAGAUCCGCAUCAUCAAUCGCAUCAUCAACCUGAUCUUCAUCCACCUGCUCCAACUUCUGACAGUUUUAUGCCAGAAGCCAUCCACCUCCCUCCACCGUCAACAACUGAAUUUUCUGAUAGUCCAAUGAAUGAUAAGCAUGAGUUGUUCGAUAAGAAUUUAAAGCAGACAGCGUUUUCUGAUGAGAAGAUUGACAAGAACAUCGCUUGCAGACAGGGCAUUGGAGAUGAAGAAUUACAAUUAAAAUUGAAACAGGAAGAACAGAAUUGUGAAAAAAUCCAAAAUGACGUUGAUAAACAUGCUGAUGUCGAUGAACCCUUUAAUGUCGACAAACAAGUUGAUUCAGUUGAUGAAGUCAGUACAGUUGAUGAUAUCCAGGAAGAUGGAAAUCUAGUAGAUGUACAGAUGGAGGCCAUGCAAGAUGGCUUACUGAUUGAACACACGACAGAGAAUAGCCACACUGUACCACAACAAACAGGACAACAGGCACCUGAUCACUUCCCAGUCUUCAAUCAACAACCUCUCAUUGCUGAUCCAUUCGAAAGCGAUUUUCCAAAGAUGGAGAUGAAACUUGGGGAUUUGUUUCCAGGUGAUGUGGCAGGCUUCCCACCAUCUAACGACAGUGGCGGUAGUGGAGAUGGUACUCUCUCAGACGACUCGACCAGGGCCGUCAAGGGCUCCGUUUCGGAAAUCAGAACAGAAGAUUUCAGUGAAGAUGUUACCGCAGGUGGUGGUGGAGAUUUUGUACAAUUUUGUACCAACCAGAUGGAGAAGUUCACUAAUGAAGCUGAUCCUAUGCAAGAGGGGUUCUCAUUUGGCAUGCAGAACAACAACGCUGACAUGAACGUUAACACGAAUAACAACAAUUCCAAUAAUAUGAUCUUUUACAAUCAAAAUGUUAUUGGUGGUUUGACUCCCAACUACCACAAGGAAACUAAUGAAGAUUUUUCGGAGGAAGAUCAAGACGAGUUGGAGACCAUUUCCGAGCAUCCAGAAAAUGAAGAGGAGGACAACUGCGAUGAAGGACACCAAGAUUUGAUGGACAAACAAAUGGACAAACUGUUUGGUCCCUUGAAACAAGAAGUCGUAUCAAAAUCAAGUGAUGCUUCUCCACUGAACAACUUACUGGUUGAUAUAGUAGAACAAGCUGCAGGCCCCGUCGCCGAUGUUCAUUGUACAAACCAGAAAGAUGUAGAAGUAGUGGAUAAGAUCAAUGUGGAACCAGAUGAUCAUUCUGGAAAAAUCGAAUCUGGAGAUCCUCUGAAUAGUAACAUCUCAUCUUCCUCUUCAACUAAACAACAUUUAGACUCUUUCGACCAUGAAGCCCCCGUACAACCAUCAUCUACUGAUGACAUCAUAGCCGCCUGGGGUGAACCAAUGAAUCUGCCCUCUCCCGAAAAACCCAAAAGACUUUCUUUGAAAAAGGAUCACAACGCAUCUCACAACGUUGCAGGAAACAACACCGCCUCCGACGAUCAAGUUCCCAAACUUUCCGACACUAAGAAAACACCGAACAUUAAGAACACAGAACCCACCAACAACAAGCCCAACAACAUCGGCCACGACAACAAGCAACUGAACAACGUUAAAAUAAAAAACGACCUGAAUUUGAAAAAGAUGGAUUCCCAGAAAGCUUUAACGACGCCAUCAAUCGUCCCAUUCUUCAUGGAUGUUGCUUUCAUCCAGGACAAGAACGCAUCCCACAGCAACCUCUACACCGUAGAUUUCUUCAAGAAGGUCCGAGCCAAGGUGUACAUCGUUCAUGGAAACUCAGUGGCACACCUGGAUCACCUUGUGAAGGCCAAGAAAUUGUGGGAUGAUGGCGAGAGCACGAACACGACUGUCGUGUUUGAUGGAGUAACAUUCAUCAACAAGAUUAACGCCUGGAUGGAGCUUAAUGAAGAGGCUAUGAGGAAGUUCAACAUUAGCAUCGAGGUCAAUGGUGCUGACAAGAAAUUUGAUGGAUUCCAUUUAACGACUACUACCACCACUACUACUUUCCCUUAA